AUGACGGCCACGACUGCGGCGACGCCGACUGCCGCCCCUGCUCUCCAGCUUUGCGUCAAGACGCCGCUGGUCUUCUCCCCCUCGCUCUCUGCAAAAGCAGGAUGCCGCGUCUACUUGAAGAUGGAGUCCACCCAGCCUAGCGGGUCCUUCAAGAUCCGCGGUAUCGGCCACGUCGCCUCCACACUCGCAGCAGAAGCUGCCUCCAAAGGUGUCCGCGCACACCUCGUCUCCUCGUCUGGAGGAAAUGCCGGGCUUGCAGCGACACACGCUGCGCGCGCUCUUGGACUCGAGUGCACGAUCUUUGUGCCGAUUACUGCGAAAGCGCAUGUGCUUGAGAAGCUCAGGGCGGAUGGGGGGGAUGUUGUUGUGGGCGGGAGGCACUGGGCUGAGGCGGACGCCACGGCGAGGGAGUUUGUCGAGAAGAAGGAAGGAGCCAUCUACAUCCACCCCUUCGACCACCCGCUCGUCUUCGAAGGCCACUCCCGCAUGAUGAACGAAGUCAUCGAGCAGAUGGACGAGCUCCAAGCGGGAAAGCCGGCGGCCGUCGUCUGUUCCGUCGGCGGAGGAGGGCUCAUCUCGGGUGUCUUUACCGGUCUCAAGGCGGUUGCGCCGCACGUCCACGUCGUCGCAUGCGAGACGACCGGCGCAGCCUCCUUCCUCGCCUCCCUCCGCUCCUCCUUCUCCUACAACCCUCCGUCCGUCGAGCUCGUCCGCCUCGACAAGAUCGACUCCAUCGCUUCGACGCUCGGAGCAGUCCAAGUCGCUGAGACGUCGGUCAAGCUUGCGCUUGAACACGAGGGCGGGGUGAGCAGCGUAACGAUGAGCGAUGCGAAGGCUAUAGACGCAGCGAAGGAGUUCCAGCUCGACCACCAAUACCUCCCCGAACCAGCCUGCGCCGCGGCUCUCGUCCCACUCUACACUCCUUCCGUUCUCCGCUCGCUCUUCCCCUCGCUCUCCUUCUCGACUCCCGGCUCUCCCCCUCCAGCAGACGCACCGGCGGUUGUGGUAGUCGUUUGCGGGGGGAGUACGAUGACGCUCGAGAAUUUCGUGGGCUACGAGAACGAGUUUGAGGGAGCGGAGAGGGGGGUGGUGAAGGUGUUCCGAGGGGGCAAGGAGCGGGUUGAGGAGGAGGUUGAAGCGUAG